AGCAGACGACACAAUUAGCCAUUUUUAUCAAAAUUUACACAAAUUUUAAAUAUUUAAUCAAUUAAAUCACUUGUUCAUGUAUAAAACAACUUGAAAAUAACACUAAAAUUUUCCUUGUUAAUUAAAUUUAUGAUUUUUUUGUCAAAAUUUAUUUUCUAAAUUUUUAGAAUUAAAUGUCAGUGAGGUUAGAAAUAUUUGUUUACUUCGACGUCACUUAAACUUGACAUUUUGGUAAUUGCAGUGUGAUUUCUGAUUGUUAAAUUUUUUUUUUAAAUAUAAUAUAGUUUAUUUUAUAUACUGAAUAUUGUUUUAAUAUACUGUUUCUCUAUUAAAGUCCCAUAAAAUGUUUAUUCAUCUUUAUAGGUUAUUUUUAUAAUCUUUUGUUAAUUAUUUUUAUUUAAAUUAAAAUUUUGAUUGUCGUAUAAAAUAUGUCGAAACAAUUGUCAGGCGUUACAAUUGUAAUAUUUAUUGCUGCUGGUGUACAAACGAUAUUAUUGUUAUUUAUAUUUGCAAAAAGGCAAAUAAUGCGAUUUGCACUAAGAUCACGAAGAGGUCCACACGUUCCAAUUGGUCACGAUGCAAGAAAGUCCCUGAGAAAGGAAAUUGAGAGACGAAUUGAAGUAAUUCCUAAAAUUCAAUAUGAGCCACAAUUAAUUAGUGAUCCAAGAUAUAUAAUGGUUUCUGGAAAUCAAGUUCCUCCUCAUUAUUACAGAUUAAAAGCAGUUGAUGAUAUUAAAUCAUUAGAAGCAGAAAUAAGUCGAUACGAUAAUGGUUUAAAGAGGCAUCCAACUGAAAAUUUAAGAGCAUUUUUACUAUCAACAUUGGCCGCACCAUUAAAUGGAAGUAGUCAAAGAUUGGUACAUCAAUUUUGUGAUCUUUAUGAACAGGCACGUCACGAUCCUACUGAAUUUGGAGAUGAUGAAUAUCAAGUUUAUACACGUUUAUUAAUGAAAUUAACAGAUGCAGCAAGACUUUUAAAAUCCUAUCCAAGUAGUCGAAAAUCAUCUCCAAGUCGAACGCCAAUAAAAAAAAUCAGCGACGUUAAAAGAAGUGCACUUGAUCCAAGAAUACGACAUCCAGAGGAACAAAUUUUAUGUGGAUCGAGACCAAAUACACUAACAGUUUUAUCGUUAGAAAAUAGUGAAACAUCCGUCUAGCAUUGUGAUUAUCGUCACAUGUGAAAUGUGACGAUUUAAUAUUUGCAAUAUUUGUAUUCGGCUGCUCGAUAAUAGAAUGAACGAUUUUCUUCACGUGGAAGUGAAAGUGAAAAUACAUGAGGUCGUUGGGGAAAUUGAAUAAAAUUUUUAAAUUGA